AUGAGGGUGUCGGUGCCGGGUCCGGCGGCCGCUGCCGCCCCCGCGGCCGGCCGCGAGCCCUCGACGCCCGGCGGGGGCGGCGGAGGCGGAGGCGCCGUCGCUGCUGCCUCAGGCGCCGCGGUGCCGGGCUCCGUGCAGUUGGCGCUGAGCGUCCUGCACGCCGUGCUCUACGCCGCGCUCUUCGCCUUUGCCUACCUGCAGCUGUGGCGGCUGCUCCUGUACCGCGAGCGGAGGCUGAGUUACCAGAGCCUCUGCCUCUUCCUCUGUCUCCUGUGGGCAGCGCUCAGGACCACCCUCUUCUCCGCCGCCUUCUCGCUCAGCGGCUCCUUGCCCCUGCUCCGGCCGCCCGCUCACCUGCACUUCUUCCCCCACUGGCUGCUCUACUGCUUCCCCUCCUGUCUCCAGUUCUCCACGCUCUGUCUCCUCAACCUCUACCUGGCGGAGGUUAUCUGUAAAGUCAGAUGUGCCACUGAAAUUGACAAACACAAAAUUCUACUACAUUUGGGCUUUAUAUUGGCAAGCCUUCUUUUUUUGGUGGUGAACUUGACUUGUGCAAUGCUAGUCCACGGAGAUGUCUCAGAAAAUCAGUUGAAAUGGACUGUGUUUGUUCGAGCAUUAAUUAAUGAUAGCCUGUUUAUUCUUUGUGCCAUCUCUUUAGUUAGUUACAUAUGCAAAAUUACAAAAAUGUCAUCAGCAAAUGUCUACCUCGAAUCAAAGGGUAUGUCUCUGUGCCAGACUGUCGUCGUAGGCUCUAUAGUCAUUCUUCUCUACUCCUCCAGAGCGUGUUAUAAUUUGGUGGUGAUCACCAUAUCUCAGGAUACAUUAGAAAGUCCAUUUAAUUAUGGCUGGGAUAAUCUUUCAGAUAAGGCUCAUGUAGAAGACAUAAGUGGAGAAGAGUAUAUAGUAUUUGGAAUGGUCCUUUUUCUGUGGGAACAUGUGCCAGCAUGGUCAGUGGUACUGUUUUUCCGGGCACAGAGAUUAAACCAGAAUUUGGCACCUGCUGGCAUGAUAAAUAGUCACAGUUAUAGUUCCAGAGCUUACUUUUUCGACAAUCCAAGACGAUACGAUAGUGAUGAUGACUUGCCAAGACUGGGAAGUUCAAGAGAAGGAAGUCUACCAAAUUCACAAAGUUUGGGCUGGUAUGGCACCAUGACUGGGUGUGGCAGAAACAGUUAUACAGUCACUCCCCACCUGAAUGGACCUAUGACAGAUACUGCUCCUUUGCUCUUUACUUGUAGUAAUUUAGAUAUGAACAAUCACCAUAGCUUAUAUGUGACACCACAAAACUGACACCAUUACCAGGUUGUGAUUAUUGUUUUUUAUGAAUGUGUAUAUUCAAUGUGUUUAAAUUCCAUCUGCAUAAACAUUCCAUUAUCUGUUGCAACUAAAAACAAAAUCUGGAAAUGUGGCUGUGUUUGGUGGAGAACACAGCUGUUACUUUUGACCUCCUCAUAGUAAAAUGAAGUAAAAUGGAAAGUUUGGAGUAGGAGAAAAGAGAGAUUAGAUCUUAAGACACUUGAUGGCCUCCAAACAUCCUGACUUUGGAACAUCAAAUGCAUAUUUGCACUUUUAUCUUUGUUCUGCAUUCCCCAAAGUCAUAAGCCAGUGUUCACACUAGAAUACUGUAUUGUACACCAAAUUGGAAGGUAAUUUCCCUAUGAAAAGCAAAGCCUGUAUAUUCAGUGGUGUACUCUAUAUGGAAUUUUUACCCAAUAAAAAUAUUUUAGUGUUAACAGUGCACAGAGUUAAGGCAUAAAAAUGUAUCAUCCUUUAAAAAAAUCUACUAAAAAUAUGUAAUCAUUGAAGACAGUUCUUUUAAGCAUGAUUUUAAAAUACCAACUGAAAUUAUUCAAAGAAUCAUUUUAAACAAACAGUAGUAAUCCAUUACAGUGAUGACCAGCAGUGUUCUUUGGAAAGCCACAAUAAUUUCAAGAGGAAGAUAUACCAGUGAAAAUUGUGUGGCUACUUUGAGUAGAAUUGGUCAAGUGAUUAUUUUGUAUAAUUAAGAUAUAUAUAGUAGUUUAAGCAUGAUUCUUCAAGAAAGCAAUAGUGAUUUUUGUAUAGGGAGAUUUUGGUAGAAACUUCUUGGGACUAAACAAGUUUACAGAUGCAUUUAAAAAUUACUCGUAAAAUGUAUAAUUCUAAGUUAAAACAUGAAUACAUUUUCAAAAGCAUUUGAUUUAUAUAAAGCAAGAUAUAGCUGGUCUUACCUAUUGAAUCAGGAUUGUCUUCAGGUAAAUUAAAUCAUGAUAUGUUAUUGCAGUGAACUCAAGUGCAAUACUUUGUAAGACAAAUAAUUCCUCCUUUAGUUUCACAUUUGUUACCUUGUAUAUGGACAAAGCCAAGUUAAAUUGAUUUCAAAUUAAUUCCAGCAUUAAAUAAGCAAACUUAAGUAAACGUACAAACUAGGUAAGUAUAAAGCCACAGGUUAACAAUAUUGGAGUACUCUUAUAAUUACAUUAAAACUGUCUUGAACAUUCUAUCCCAUAUCUAAAAAAUAUAUAUAUAUAUGGUAGGCUAAAACAAUACAGAAUUUUAAAAUGCACUUUCUACCAGUGUCUAUAUGGAAAGAAGUAGAUGCUGAAUACCUCAAGAUGCCAAGUGAACAGGCAACAUUGGGAAGCUGUAACAACGUGCUUAAAGAUGACUAACUAUAUACAAUUGUCUGCUGAUCUGUUUCUUCAGAACUGGAACUGAUACAACUGUCGUUUUCUGGCUUUUACUUUGAUUAGAAAGUUGUUUUAUUUCUACUCUUAAAAUAUGUUUCAACUUUUUCAUAACUGAUGCAGUAACUUCACAAAAGUGUAACAGUAGAUAAAACCCUAAAGAAAAAAUGAAAUUGUUAAUGCUUUCAAUCUUUUGGGAGGCUGGUACACAGCCAAAUAAAUUUCUUCUUUUUAUAAUAGAAAAUGACUUUAAAUUCAAUCAUAAGCAUAGACUUAUCAGUUAUAAAUAUUACUUUGGGUUUGUUUAUAAGCUUUCUCAUUGUAACCAAAUUAUUUAAAAAUUUAUAGUACAGAAGUUAACCUUGGCAUUAACAUGACAAUAUAACAGUGUAUUUUUAUUACAAAUUCUGUUGUUAGAUUUCUUUUCAGAAUGCCAACUAUUUAUUUUGCUAAUAAUGGUAGGUCUCUAAUAUCUGGAGCUAUCAGAAAAUAUCUGUGUUAUCUUUGUUAAUCCUUGGGGUUCAAGGUAAUAGUUUUUCUAGUAAAGCUUCCCUGGAUAAUGUUCCUAUUUGACCAGCUAAACAAAGAUUACUUUUUUUUUAAAUUUCAGAUAAAAUAAUUUGGUUCUCUUCAGCUGCGUUAGUUGAUGCUUCCAAAUUCAAGAUUUAUAAGUUUAUUGUUAACACUGACUAGGGUACCUAAAAUUCUUGCAUUUGUCUCCUUAUACACAUCUCACAUAAUACAUCACCAAAGACAAAGAAAGAUAAACUCUGGCCCAAUUUUUGCUUAAAAAUUCCAAAGCACUAGGAGCACUUUACAUUUGGUCUUGAAAGAAGGAGUUGUUUAUAAAAUCAAAGGGCUACCGAUUCCCUGUUCAUCCUGCACUGAAGCACAUGAUAACAAUUUCAAACCUUCCUUUUUAGUUCAUUAAUUAGAAAAGUGAAUUUCAUUACUUAAGUGUAUAAUUCCACAGUGAUUAGCAGUAUUUGUUUUUAUCAUUUCACUUGGGUAGCCAUUAAUUUUGAAACUCUUACCACUCAUUGUAGCUGGUUGUAGUUUUAUGGAAGAUGUAAUUUAUAGCUAAAGUGGCUUUUUUAUGCAUAGCUGCCCUUUUUUAUUGUUUAACAGUGUUUCUCAGCUAUAUAAUCAGUUUCAAACUGGUUGUAAAAGUAUAGCUGUGGCCAAUGAAUGUAUUUAUUUGUUGUUUCACUAAAUUGUAACAAAACACUACUGUUCAAAAUAAAAGUGUUUGUGCUUUUA